AUGCCCUCCAACGCGGUGGACCGUAUUCCCAACCUGACGGGCAAAAUCAUCGGCGAUGGUUACCAGCUCCUCGAGCUCAUCGGUUCCGGCGCCGGCGGAGUCGUCUACAAAGCCAUCCACCUCCCAACCGCCCGCUCUUCCCAGCCGAUUUUUCGCGCCGUCAAGGUGAUGCAGAAGGCGGGUCUCAGUAAGCGCGAGCUGGCCGCCGUCAACCAGGAGAUCCAGUUCCACCUCACCUGCGCCGACCAGCCGGGCGUGGUCACCAUCCACGACGUAUGUGACAACAAGAGCUACUUCUACCUCGUCCUCGACCUCUGCGACGGCGGAGACCUUUUCGGGCGCAUCUGUGAUCUCCGGGCGUACGAAGGCAACGACACACUUGUUCGGACCGCGUUCCUCUCCCUCCUCAACGCCGUCAGCGGCAUACAUUCCCGCGGCAUCGCGCACCGCGACCUCAAGCCGGAGAACGUCCUCGUCAACCACGACGGCUCACGCCUCUUUCUCUCCGACUUCGGUCUUGCCACCGAUGCCACGAAGAUAACCAUAUACGGCUGGGGCACCGGGAUCUACAUGAGCCCUGAGGCUACGGGCAAGCUCAACGGGCGGGUCCCAUAUUGUCCCCGGACGAGCGACGUCUGGGCGCUCGGCAUCAUCCUCGUCAAUAUGAUCACCGGCCGGAACCCGUGGAUGCGUGCGCGACACGACGACCCGGACUUCAAGGCGUACGUCGAUGACCCAGAGUCCUUCAUGGAGGCCCUCCCGGUUUCUCGCGACAUCGCCGGCGUUCUCCUGCGCACGCUCGUCAUCGACCCGCGCUGCCGCAUCUCGCUCGCGAACCUCCGCCGCGCGAUCGUCGACGCGCCCACGCUCUUG